UCUUUUGACAACGAAAAACUACGUUUACAAAUUAUAAAUUGCUGUUCUAUAGAGAUAUCAGAAAACGAUAUAUUACCUAAAUUAAUAUGUAUAGAAUGUAUUACAAAAUUAGAAGCUUUUCACGAAUUUAGAAAAGAAUGUAAAAAAUCUGAUAAUACAUUACGCGAAUAUUAUAAUGUGGAAUUAAAUGUUGGGUUUAAUUUAAACAGUAUUAAAAUAUAUCAGGAUAUUUAUGUACAAACGGACAUAACAAAUGCAACAUUUUUCCAAAAAAUGGAAAAGCCUUCUUUGUCUACGCAAGCUAAGAAAAUAGAAAAACAAAAUAAUUUCAAUAUGUAUUUUAAUACUAACGAUGAUCAUAAUCAAGAUGACAAUGCAAUAAUUAGCUCUAAGUAUUUAGAUCAUGCAGUUUCAAGUAGUUCUGAUAGUCAGAAUUCUUUUGAAACUAAUGAUAAGCCACAAUUACAAUACAAGUGGACAGCAAGUAUGAGAGACUUAGAAACUGUCGGUAUAAGAAAAAGCAAUCGUUUAAAAAAUAGACAGAUUUCUACAUGUAAUCUUUGUAAAACAGAAUGUACAUCUAGAAAAGCAUUACUCGAGCAUACCAAACUUCAUAUCAAUGAAAAAAGUACCAAGCAAAAAUGCAGUAGAAUAUUUAAGUGUGAAAUAUGCAAUAUGUCAUUUAAUAAAAAACUCAAACUCAAUUUGCACUUGCGCAUACAUGGUAAAGUACCAUCUAUAAAAAAUAAAAAACAAUAUUUAUGCGAUGUUUGUAGUAAAACUUUUGUAUCUAAAUCUGGAUUACAAAGGCAUCUAAAAACUCACAAUGAUUCCAAACCAUAUGCUUGUCAAUUUUGCAAUAAAACUUUUAUUAUACUCAGUUACAAAAAGAGACACGAAAAAACACAUAACGGCAAUAAAGAUUUUGUAUGCCAUAUUUGCAGUGCAGCAUAUGCAUCUCCUAAUGGAUUCAAGUAUCAUUUAAGACUUCAUACGGGAGAAGCUAAUUAUCCUUGCGAGGUAUGUGGUAAAUCUUUCAGAAGAAAAAGAUACUUAAAGGAACAUACUUUUACUCAUACAGGAGAGAAACCAUUUGUUUGCAAAAUAUGCGGAUCAGCUUAUGCUAAUUCUGGUACUCUUUUUGUACAUGAGAAAAAAUGCAAAUUUAGACUUACUCGUGAUAAUACUGUAUCUAUAAGGAAGGAAGAACUCAAAUGAAACUUGAAAAAGUUUUAAAUAUUACAUAAUUUCCUAAGUACCUGAAUCCUACAGUUAAUAUGUGUCUUCCAAGGUUGUUCUUUGUCUAAUUUAUCAAACAUCUAAAAUGUAUUCAAUUUAUUUAAAUUAAAAAUACUUAUAUAUAUAUACAUUUAUAUAUAUUACAUAUAUAUAUAUUUACUUUCACUCUGAUCCUGUUUGUAACUUUGUAUUAAGUUCGAUUAUAUCGUCUGGCAUCGCAUGCAUUCAGCUAUACAAUAAAUUUAUUUACAAUGGACUUAAUACAAUUCUUUGGUAUUAGAAUAGCGAAGAAUUGAAUGUCUUGCAAAUUACAUAAAAUAAAUAAAUAUUUCAAGUUUUUGCAAGCACGUGAAAAUAAUAUUAACGUUGUCGCCUAUUGAAUUCUGACAUUCAAUUUUGCGAAAAAAAAUGAACCAAAUAAAAGAAAGGCUGGUAAUAUCAUAAUUAGUUGGCCCUUAAUAGCAAAAUCGAUUAAAGGUAAAAAAUGAACCUAAGAAAAUUAUCGGCAGUUCUGUUUUCUUUGUAUCGCCAUUUCUGAGGAAGCGAUAGCCAUCCACUCGUUCGUGUUAGAUUUAAACCAACACUGAAGGCCAUAUUGUUCUGAUAGGACAAUGCGUCGGUUGCAUUUCCGGAAUAACCGGAAACAUGGAGCUUAUAACCGGAUUCUUCGGUAUCAACAUUAAAGUAUUCAUAUUCUGCGUGCCAAUGUGUAUCAUAUAUAUCCAUCAGAUCGAUUUUCAACCUGCUGCAAUUGUCUCGGGUACGAUCGAAUUCGAUCAUACCGUCGAUGCGUCUUGAGAUAACGAUCCAUCCCUUAUGACACGAGGCUAGUAACGGUGCACCUGGACCAGGUGCAAGGAGAGUAAGGCCAUCUCUUUCGUCGCAAUUACCUGGUAAGGCAUCGACGAUCAAGCGAUACUGAUCUUCCACCUGCUCAAGCUCGUGAGUUAUGUUACUUGCUUUUUCUAUAGAUGACGAUAAGUCAAGAUGAUUAAGGGUAUCGUUGAGUGAAUCGAUAGAUAUUUGAUGUCUAUCGCUUCUUUCUUGGAGCUUAGAGGCACUCACACUGAGCGCCUGAACAGCUCUUCGAAGAUUCGAUAAUUCUUCUCUAGUCAACGACAAUUCAGCUGCUUUUCUCGCGGCGUUAAUAUCCAAUCUUGCGAUUUCUCUUUUAGUAUCUGAUCCAUUACCAUCGACCUUGUCCUCCAAUGUCUGUACAGUUUCAAAUAAUUCAACCAUCGUUUCGCUAAGCUUACUGGUCGAGGACAAUUCUUUACUCAUAUUUUUCAAAAGUAGAGAUAAUUGUUCUUGAGCGGUCUCCAAAUUAGCUACACGACUAUUCAAAUUUGUGAGACGUUCCUCUAUACGAUGUACUAAAGGUCUCGAAUAGCUAUGCCUUUUCCUAUUUUCGUGCAGCACUUCAUUUUUGAUUUCAUUGUCUUCGCGUAACUUGUCCUCGUGUCGAUGAACGGAAAACCGAUGGGAUCUGUGCUCGUUCGGUGUGUCGCAUUUCAAUGAUUUCAAUUCGAUCUGCAUAGUACCGAUCUAAACAAACAAACAAACAAAAGGGAACUAAAUUAAUUAGAUAAUUAAAUAUUACAAAUAUAUAAAUGAAAGAUAAAGAGAAAUACGAUGAUGACUCGAGUGGAAGUGUUCGAAAAAAGAGAUGAGAAUGAUUAUUGGAAUGCCCAAAAAGAAAAAGGAAAAAAAAAAGGAAAGGAAUACGAAACAUCUGCUUUUGUCGAAAGAGCGCAACGAACCACGUCACAUACUGGGCCUACGUGGUAUUUAUUAACAUGGGUGGGACGAAGAGGGCAUCGCAAGUGAAGGGCCUGUAGAGAGGGAGGAGUGAGGGGUCGAUGCUGCCAAACGAAUGGAACGCCGGAAUGAAGGGGGCCGAUAUAGCGAGGAGCCAACAGCGGCAGCUGCCGGCCGGUAAAACGAGAAACAGAAAUGGGGAGCCACCGGUUGCCGGCUGUACGAACACGGCAGGUGCGGGACAGCUUGCUGGCACGUUCCUUCAUAGCUGUGAUAUCGAUGCGAAUUGUCCCCAGGGCAGCUUCGAACUUGGCAAUGCGACCACCAAGAUUACGAAUGCCUCUUCCUACCUCGGCAACGUCACCCUUCAAAAGGGAUAGCUCGCUUCGCAUCCUUGAUCUUUCUGCUAAUUCCUCACUGGCAUUUCUUGUUCUUAGAACUUCGGCGACUUCGCUCUGUAACUCGGUUACUGCACUACCUAACCAUCUCACCCUCAAACGCUCGUUUUUCGCCUCGUUGCCACUUCCGCCUCUUAGCUCAUUUACUUCUUUUCUGUAACGACCGGAACAAUAGAAGAUAGAAUUGAUUUUUCUUGGUAUCAAUUUGUUAGUUAAAUUUUCUUAAAUUAUCUCUCUCCCUCUUUUUCGCUUCAUCUCUAUCUCUAUUUCUAGUGAGUUGAACGCCUUCUGAAUUCAUCGAGCAUGCAUGUUUCAUUAGAAAACUUAGUUCGCAGACGAGUUAAAGAUUAAUGAGUAUAAGAGGUCAUUGCUAUCUAUAGAAACGUUUAUCGGGGAUGUUUGUUUUUUUUUUUUUUUUUUGUUAUUAUUGUUUGACAACGCACACGUAUCGAUUUGUAUGAAUUUUCUUCUUUCUCUCUUUCUUUUUUUUUUCUUUUAUUACAUACAUAUACGAGCUUACACCAUAUAAGAAAAUAAAAAAUCAACGAGGUGGUAGCUUGCUUGCUUGCUUGGUUGUCCGCGCGUGCUAUCGAUCGUAGGAGAAUUGAAAAGAGUUACGAUCACAAAAAGAAAAGAAAAAGUAGAAAUAACAUAGAAAAAAAGAAAAAGAAAAAAAGAAUGGAAAGGUCUGUUUCUCACCUCAAUAAGUCGACUUCCUUUCUUAGUACAACCAAUUCCGUAUUUUUCUCUAUGGCAUGUUUCAAACUUUCUUCUAAGGCAUUGUAAUCCUCUUGACGAUGAUAAAGAAGUGCGUUAACUUGUUCUUGCAAUAAUUUCACUGUGCUCGCAAGAUUUUCGUUAUUUAAAGGGACUGUUGGAACACCGUUGAUCGUUUUCAAUAUAGCAAUAAUCGUUAAUAAACACAAGGUCAACAUCGCGUAGUUAAUAAUGUUUACCGUGAAAAAUAUUUAUAUAUAAAUAUAUAAACGUUGAAUGCCCGAAAUCACUAUUGUUGUUAUCAAUUACGUCAUUAAGGUCAUUACAUUGAAUGAAAUAUCUAUGUGUAUGUCAUGGACUACGAUGGAACUCGUGAUAACUAAUGAAAAAUAAGUAGUAAAGCACGUAGAAUUCUGUCUGUAUUCCUGGACUCUCCAAGACUUACUGGCGUCUCUUCGACGAGGUACGCGUGUAUUAUAUCCGUUGGCUGGACAAAGGCAUCAGGGGGAUACCAAUGUGGAGCAGGUGUUCGCCAACACCAGGCGUCCCAGGCUUCUCCACGCGCACGCCACGCGACAUCGAUGGCCGGCCUCCGGUUCGCUCGUGCGGAAGAUGUAAAAGAGGAAGGGAAGAAUACUCAAAGAAAGGAAGCAACUUCAUUAUACUCGUAAUCUUUUGUACCCGCAGGUAAAACACACGAGGAUAUUUUUGAACUAAAAGAAAAAUAAUAUUUUAACGAUCGAGUUACAUAAAAAAAAAUAAAUCAUGAAUUUUACAUAAUA